AUGAAAUGCUUAGGUUGGUAGAUAGAGGAAAAUGUGGAAGAAGAAAAAAACGGAUACUCAUUCAGCAUGGUGAAGUAAGAGAGGAUUAUGAACGUUUUAUAUUGAGCGAUAGACCGAAAUAUAUUCCAAUGAAGCCGGAAAAACUUGCAAAGUUAUCCCCAUAAGAUAGACAAGAAUAUGAGAACUCUUUAAAAAUAACAAAAACACCUAGACGUUACGCUCUUAGAAGUAGACCGUGCUAAAUUUUGUAUAAGGUUCUGAAGAAAUAAAUGUGUUUAAAAACUGAAAUAUUGUGUAAUUUCUUGCCGGCAAAGCCCGCUCUUUCCGCCCGCGCGAAAAGAUCCGUGUACAAAUAUGUUGUACGUUAAUAUAUGCAUGCACCCGCAAAGCCACGCGCCUGAUUUUAAGGUAUACACCUGCGUUAAAAAUAAUCCCUAUCUAUCCAUCGGGAUACACUUAGUUAUGCAAAUUCGUAUUGCCUUAAUCCCCUUAAUUACCUACACGCCUCCUAAUGACUUAGCAACGCAUAACAACGCAACAUUUGCAAAGUAUAAAACAUGUUUAUUGAUACAAAUAACAGACGAUAGUGUCAAAAAAUAUUACAACUAAAACUAUUUGUUAAACUGUUCUGUAAGUUUUUUCUCCAUGAGUUCUUGAUAAGCUUUCUUAUGAUCUGCCUCAAAACUUCUAAAUCGUUCACCCGUCGCCUUCACAUAAUACAUGUAACUCGGUGGGUAAGAGAAAAACGCUUCAGCUACGGACUCGAGUGGGUCUUCUAAUCUCCAAUGAAACAAAUAGUUCAGUAUACAUUGUAGUUCGUGGUUCUCAGUGUUCUGUUGUAGUUCCAUCAAUGAAUCGACAAACGUAGAAUCUGGAUCUUUUUCCAGUUGCUGUAAAUGUUCGAGUACAUCUCUAUCAACCGCCAGUUUUAGUACCCUCAUUGCCUCAGCGAAUUCAUUCCAAACCAUACGCUUACCAUUCACUCGUUCGAUCGCUUGUAAACCAUACAUUUGCCAUCGUUCGUUUUCGUUCAUCAUGAGGCAGUCAUGUUGUCUUUGACUAGGAUGACUGACUUGACAACCAUUACAGGAUUCCACACAAAGCCUUUCAACUUCUUGUGCGACUGCAUUCGCAAAUAUUCCUUCCAAUAAAUUGUAAGAUGUGGUUUUACCGUGUAGACACGCCAUGACUGAUGUGGAACAAAUAUAGACGAUGCUUGUUACAAGACGCUUGUCGAUUUUUAUACAAACACUCAUUAAAUCAAACAACCAAUCAUAGUAAGCCAACAUUAAUCCCUCAAUUGUAUCAUAAACGUGGGCGACGCUAAAAAAUGCGUAGUCAGCAAGUUUUGUCCAAUUUCGCCGAGACAGGCCCGCGUGACGUCACUACGCACCCUCACUUGUGCGGCCCCCUUAAUUACCUGCAUAUAUAAUGAUGCGCCGCCCCCUUGCAUGGUAAUUACCUGCAUAUAUAAUGAUGCGGCCCCCUUGCGGCCCCCUAAAAAUCCGGAUCGAUCGGUACCUAUAUUACUACUACUCGCAAUUAUUUUAUUUUAAAUUCCCAAAUAUGUAGUAUGUAUACUCAUACUAACGUAUAAAGGCUAUUAACUUGGACCAUCACGAAUGUAAAUUAGAAUAUGGUAUAGUAAAAUAUAUUAUGAUUAAUUUGCUUGGGUAAAAAUUUGGAAAAUAUUAAUAGCAGUUAAUAGUUCUAUUGACAAUGCUCGUUCUCCCGUGUUUACUUACAGUAUAGCUGUAUGUCAGUUAUAAUAUUGUUUUGCUACACCUUCUUUUAUACUGUAUAUUGAGCUGUUGUUCAUUCAAUACGCAGAGAUAUAAAUUGUUGCACCAUUAGAAUGAUUAAAACGUUUGAUAACUUUUUUUACUUCUCCACUUUCAUGUCCGAACAGUUUGUAUUUCGAUAUCCACUUCAUAUUUCACAAUUUAAUGCAUCGCGAAACGUACUACGCUCUACAGGAAUUGUGUUGAUUGCGAAUCUGUGACACUACAGUGCGACUGUGUACUAAAAGUUGGGUUACAUUUUACUGGUAUUUUCGGCGAAAAAAAAGAUGGUUUGAUCGCUGCUUACAUGGUCGAGACUAAGUUAUACACAGUCACCCACUCUGUUUACGUUCUUACAUGUCUCGUCAGUUACAUGUGUCCUAUUGUAUCCGUUCGAACCAGUAUGCUUUUUUUAUUUGCCCAAGGCCAAGAAUUACAUUAAUUCUGAUUCUAGUUUGAUGGUCUUUGAUAAAAGAUAAAACCAAAAGCGGUAUAAUUUAUCCGGCUAUCGCUCUUGCCUGCUCUAAAUUAAAGCUUUAAUUAAAAGUAAUUACUAAAAUGUAUGUACAGUACAACAUUCAUUGAAAAUGAAGUAUUUUCUUUAUACUAUAGUGCCAAACUCAUGUGCUAUUGAUAACGGUGGAUGUAGCGACUUGUGUUUGUUGGCAGCUGGUGGUAAUCAUACCUGUGCAUGUCCAACUGGUAUUGUUCUCUUGGAUGAUGGUAAAACCUGUGAAGAUGGUAAGCAUCACGUUGUACUGUACUGCGGACUUUCCUUGUAUUACAUUUUUGUACUGUAAAGUAUCACAUGUAAUUAGAGAGAGAUGUUUGUAAAACCGCGGAAUAACGUCUACGCAUGCACGUGUACUAGACAAAAUGGCAAGGAAUUUUAAUGCAAAAUUGUAAUUAAAAACAUGUCCAUUUAAGUAUUUCAUUAAGCGAAACAAAUAAAAAAUACACUAGACGGGUACUUUAGACAUCAAUAAAAAGUUUUCUAACAUUUAAAAUCUAAAAAUUCGGCUUGUAUUUUCACAGAAAAGGCAACGCAUCGAGGUCGCUUCCAUUUUGAGUUUUUGACAACCUUUAGACUGCGAACAGUCCCUCCUUAAAAGAAAAUGCGGGACUGCAGACAACACAUCAAGAAACGACAUGCGCGUUGCCCACACAACGCAAAAUUUCGAUUGGUUGAUAUAGUUGAUUAAUUGACAGUUUUUUUUUAAAGUUGAAAGAUAUAAAACACGAAUACGAAAACUUGAGAAAACUGGCAAGAAACACACAAAAAGACGUAUAGUUUCUGUAACUGCUGCAGUUAAACCUUCUUUUUAAUGGGAAGACAUUUAUUUUACAAUAUCUGUUUCAGCUGUAAUUUUUUCGCUUUUAAGUGGCCGAAUACAUGAGCAUUUAAAAAAUAUAUAGUUUCCUCGACGGUAAAGUUUUGUACAUGUCAAAUAACCUUCCGACUUUCAGUCGCAUGUCUAUCAAAAUAUUGCCAAUUCUAGUGAACAUCGUGCUUAGUAUGAAGUCUUUAGGGCUUGAUGCAAUUUAUUUUCGUAUUCUGACUAUCGUUAGGCUAUGUUUUUCAAACGUUUUUGGCAGAUUUUUUCGUUUAAAAAUUGUUUCACUCCUCGGUUUUUGGCGCGAAAACCAGAGAGGGCAGUUGCAUUUCACAGAGGGCAGUUGCGUUUCAGAGCGGGCCGGAUGCAAAAAAACGGCCCGCUCUGAAAGGCUCCUCAGCCAAUCAGAUUGCUUCAUUUUCACUGAUAAAAAAUAAAGUAUGUUAUUUCGAGCGAAUACAAUUGGAUGCAAUACUAUGACCAUUGACUACGUCUAUGUAUUUUUGCUUGUAAAAGGUAAAUGUUUUUUUCACUGCAUGUGAACUUGAUUUUUAACUUUAAAAACAAUGUGUUGUCUGCAGUCUUUCCUUUCCUUCUAAGGAGGGACUGCUCGCAGUCUAGACAACCUUCGGAACACUUGACAUUCUUGACACCACGUUCGUGAGGCAAAUUUCAGUAAAGGUGAGCAUGCGCAAAGGUUUUUCCGUGGUGUUGAUGUUUGUAAUUUCAUAUCAGGAUUUUGCGCAUCUUAAGGUGGCUCCCUAGGGUUUUAUUUCUGGGGGUUACGUUCUUCGUAUAUAUGUAAACUAAAACUCGUGUGACUUCAAAAUACAAACGAACGUUGUGUUUUAACUCUUUUCGAAGUAAAAGUGUGAAUUUUGCUUUAGUUUAAAGCAUGAAAAGAGUUCUAAAAGCCACAAGGAUACUUGGAUGUGAUGUUUCAAAAGAAGAUAAUGUAAACUUGUUUUUUUUUGAAGCGGUAUUCCGGAAGUUUUUUCAACCGCCGUGGCGCCGUACGCGAGGUUCGAUUGCGAACAUUGGGAUAUGAUAUAAAGUUUCCUCAAGAAUUUGCAGUUUUUUCUCCACAAUCUAGCAGCACUUAUGACAAUAAAGAUGACUUAAAUAAUGAGCCCUCUACGGGUGAAAUGAGCAGGGCCGAAACUCCAAACAUACCACUAUAAAAACUAAAAUUUGAACGGGCAUUUUGCGAAAACAUCCGACGAUAGUACUCGCACGGGACGAAAUUUGACAAACAUUUUUCAAAUUAAUACCAAGAAGUCAUAACCAGUAAUUACCUAAAUAUCUUUGCCAAUUUUACAUGUAUAAUCCACGCUUAGUUGACCAUUAACCGACACGGUUAUAAACAGUAUAUCAAACAUAAUUUAUAUUUUGUGAUUUCAAAAAAGUCAUGCCUUGUUGUUUUAUACAAAAUGCAUGUACACGUCAGUUGUGGUAUUAAAUUGUUCGUGUCAAAAUUUAGUAAAAAUUGCCAAAAUUAAACCCAAAUUUCUCCGUUUUCCUUCGGUGAACUUUUUUAAAACCUUGCACAUUUUUUAAUAUCGGCACAACAAGUGCAAUAUCCUUUUUUCUUAAAAUUAAAUCGAAGGGAAAAUUUUUAAAAUUGAUUUUUGACGUUUUUUAAAUUUUCUAAGAAACGUAUCGAUUUAAUUUUUUUUAAAUUGAGGGGGGAAAAUCAUUAUACAAGUAUUACCUUUUCUGCAAAGUUUUAAAAAAUUUCACCGAAGGGAAUUUUUAAAAUAACCUGAAAAAGACAAAUUUUCAACUUUAUUCUAAGCAUGCUGUUGCCAUGACAACAUAUUUUUAACUCAAAAGUUGCAAUUUGUAAUGUUCAGGAGAACAUUGUCAAUGUGUCCAAUAAAUUUCGUCUUCAUGUCAUGUAAAAUGAAGAAACAGGAGUCUCCUGAAUACUAUAGUGCAGUAAAUUAAAAACCCUAGGGAGCCACCUUAAUCUCGAUAUAAUUCAUUGUAGAAGGGUUCGUAUAUUGAAAUUACGACUGUGAAUUUUUAUACAUUUAUUGGACCUAACUAGGAGCGGUUCCAAAAUAUGUAUCUCUGGACCUUAUGGCAAGAAUCGAACUUGCACUCUAACCAAGUUACACUGGCCAGUUGAUGAGUUGUAGCAGCAAGUUCAUGUACAAUUUAUAUACAUUAAUGUUGUUCCAUUGUAAGGUGUGCAGGUUAAUAUGAAGAUUCGGGCAUCUACAAUAAGUGUAGUGGCGUAACGGUCAUUAGGGUUAGUUAAAAACUAAGGGGCCCCGACAGUUAAGGGCCCCAUCAGCCACGGCCUAUCGCCCAGAAAAAAUGCAAGUUAAGCGACAUGAAUUGGAAAAUGCAAAAUUAUUAAUGUUAAAUAAUAAAGCCUCCAUCGACAACGGUAGCUGAUUUUUUAUUCCAUCUCAAAUAAACUAUUAAUAGACUGUUAUUGUUUUUGUUACAGACACGGAAUAACCGAAUUUUCCAGAAUAUUCUAUAAAUAUUCAAUAUAAAUAUAAUAUCUCAGUCAAACAAUGACAACAGUCAACAGGGCCCCCACACCAAAUAUGGCUAAGGGGCCCCUCUUCCUCCGUUACGCCACUGAAUAAAUGUAUAAAAAUUCACACACGAAAUUUCCAUUCACAAAACCAUUUUACAAUUUGUAAUUUUAUACAUACACUAGUUUUAAUUUCCGUUUUCCAACAAGCAAUAUAAAUAUAAAGCAAAAUAAUAUAAUUUCCGAAUAAAUGCAUAAUUUAUUCUAAGAAAUCUCCGACCAGUAAAGAGGGGGCAUUUACUGUACUCUACCGGAAAGAACAUUUAUCACAAGAUGCGAAUUUUGAUCAUUAAAUACAAGGUGUUUUACUUAGUACAAUAUACAGCUAGGGUGUCUCGAAAACGCUAUGGAAAUUCAACAGCCUGUCGUGCAUCAUAAACUUAGCUAAACAAUUCAAUUUUUACAUAGGACGAAAGAGCUCUUAUUUAGCUUUUCUAUGAUACCUUUUUUAAAUCGUAACGAUAAGAAAUGGCCACAUACUCGUCAAAUAAAAGUUGUCGGUCGAAAUCACGUUUUUCCGCCGUUGGGAAUUGAUAAAUACAUUAAUUAUGCAAAGUUAAUCAAUCCAAAAGCAACGAGAACCUACUGCAAGGUAUUUGUUUUGUAAAACGUUUUGAUUAAGAAUGUUCUCUGUUAAGCAGUUAAUUGAACCAUGUUUAAUGCAAUAAUGGACUUUCUUAUUGUCUCACUAAGACGAGGAUACCUAUUUAUCAUGCCAGGACUCGAGCCAGGAUUCUAGCUAGGACUCGAGCUAGGACUCGAGCCAGGAUCCGGACUCGACUCAGGACUCGAGUCAAAAAUGGCGUCAGGUGAUUUUGACGGAUGGAAAUUUAUCGACAGCGCUCUUACUUUUAAGGAAUUUCUUUAAACUCGGGAAAUUUAGACUAUUCGUUCACCAACAAUUCGAAAUGUUUACGGAAAUUUAACUGAAUCUGAGGAAUUGUUUAUCGAUAACCUAAGGAAUGUUUGGCAAAUGGAAAGUGAGAGAACUUAAAUUGUUUACCAAAUUAAUUUCCUGCCUUUUUCCACCAGGGUCGAUAAAAGAACUAGAACGUUUAUAAAUUAUUAUUAUUAUUAUUAUUAUUAUUACAACAUCUUUAUACACGGUAACUAAUCAACCAUAUUACCUAUCAGGAUUUACAAAAAUUAUAAAGGUUGUUUUUCAUUAGGCCGUGUUACUAAAUACAAAUUAAAACUCGAAAUACUAUUAUAUAAACUAUUAUAAAAAUAUUAAAAAAUACUAAGAAAUGUUUGGGUCGAAGCGAUAUGUUAAAUAUAUAUAUUACAAAUGAAUUAAGUAGAUUUAAAAUUUUUACUAUUAUAGUUCCAGUCUUUAGCAGCAGCAUAUCCGAAUGUCCUUUUCAUUGAAUUUGUUUUAGGCUUCGACAACAUCAGCAUCUUGUUAUUACUUCUUAAAUUAUAUUUAUCAGAAUUUGAGAUUUUAAACAUAGUUGAAACGUUUUCAGGACAUUGGUUUGAAAAGGCUUUGGCCACAUAUGCUAAUUUUUGCUCCUUUCUUCUCUCUUCGAGUGUUCUCCAAUUUAAUUUCUUUAAAAUAUCUGUGGAGCGAAUUUCAUAGGUAUCACCUGUGAUUACUGUAGCUGCACGGUUUUGUAGUCUCUGUAGCUUUUCUUUUGAACCUUCGCCACAGUUUCCCAAAACCAUGGAGCAGUAAUCAAAACUCGGUUGCACUAAAGCCUGAUAAAUAUAUUUAAGAGUUUCAAGAGAGACAAAUGGCUUUGCACGGCGGAGCAUACCAAUGCCCUUCGAUACCUUUUUACUAAUGUUGUCGAUUUGCUCAUUCCAACAUAGAUUGUCAUCAAUCAGUACACCUAAAGUCUUUUUGGAAUAAACCUGUUUCAAUAGUUUCCCCCCGCAUGAUACGCUGGUAUUUUUUUGAAUUUUAGCUAGUCUUUGACGGGUUCCAAUGAUCAUGUAUUCUGUUUUUUCAAUGUUUAAAGUUAGCUUGUUUGAAAGAAGCCACUGGUGAAUAUUUUUCAUUUCAGAAUUUAGUGCUUCCUCCAAAUUAUUAAUGCUAUCUGAACAUACUGUAAGAUUUGUAUCAUUUAUGGGAUCGCCGUAAUUGGGGAAACCUGUGGCGAAUUCCCUGGCUCUAUAUGUUGUAUUUAAAUAGUAGCCGAAUCUUAUUAAAUCAUUAAAUCAUCUGCAUACAUUGCCGGACAGGAUUUAUCCAAGCAAUUUGGCAGGUCAUUGACGUAUAAUAAAAACAAAAGGGGACCAAGGUUCGAUCCCUGGGGAACCCCACAACGUAUUUUCCUUGUGGUAUAUUUGUACAUACAGAGCUAUCAAUAUCAUCUGACUUUGGCUAUAACUGUAACGGUUAUCAGCGUCGGAGGACAGUAAAUUACACAAUAGUCAAUAUCAUUGUUGUUUGUGUUUGGUAUAUCGAACAAAUAUCGAUAUUCAAAAUAGGGAAUAUCCGGGCAGUAUUUCAUCGAACUAAAACAGUUGGUAUUGCCCAUCACCAGUAGUCUCUCGCUCUUCACAAAUCAGGUACUUGUUUCGUUACCGCUCAUUGGUUGCCACUUAACAUUCACCAAAGAGUAAGGUAAUUCUCCCCUGCCCUAAUUCUCCCGUGUACUUAAUAACGUAAAAUCAGAACAAAAAGCAAUCCAAUGUGGGAUUCCACAAGGAUCUAAUCUGGCGCCAUUGCUAUUUUCUAUAUACAUAAACGAUUUACCGAACUGCCUCGAACAUACUCGAGCAUCAAUGUUUGCAGACGACACAAAUUUGACGUGUUCUGGAGUGUCAAGUGCAGAAAUUGAAUACAAACUAAACUCCGACUUGUGUAAUUUAAGUAAAUGGCUCGAGGCCAACAAAUGAACAUUAAAUACUAAGAAAACUAAAUCUAUUCUGAUAGCCUCAAAACGAAAAUUAAACCAAAUCCCUGAAAACCUCCAAUACUAAUUAAUGAUACACUUAUUGUCAAACAGAAAGAGGUCUUGGGGAUAAUAAUUGACGAAGAAUUAAAAUGGAAGGGACACAUUAAUGCUCAAUGCAAGAAACUUUCGAGUGUUGUGGCUCUUCUAAGAAGAACUAAACCUUUUGUAUCACAAAAUGAAUUAGUUCGUAUGUACAACUCUUUAGUAAUCCCUUACUUUACAUAUUGUUCGACCGUCUGGAAUGACGGAAAUCGAACGAAUCUUGAAAAACUGUACAAGAUGCAAAAAAGGGCCGCUCCUGUCAUAACUAGUUCAAGGUCAAAAACAAUCUUUCGGAUUCUAGGAUGGGCUCCAAUUGAGUCUAUUCUUAGGAAAAGGGAAAUUUUAAAGACAUUCAAGGCUAUCCGUUGUAUUGCGCCGGAAUACGUCUCUAACAUGUUCUCUCAUCACCAAAAUAACAAUUACGAAAUGCGGAGUAACAUGCGCAAGCUUGUGUUAGGUAAGCCUAAAACUAAUUUUAUGAAAAGGUCCUUUUCAUACCAAGGAGCUUCUGCCUGGAACAACUUACCUAUUGACAUCGUCAAAGGGUACGAGCAACCAUCGACAAUUCAUUUUAAAAUUUUAAUCGACAAUUGUUUUUCUAUAGACUAAAUGACUGUUGAUAAUGCUCACAAGUAUUGCAACAUGACUUACCAAUAUUGUUUUAUUUAACAUGACUUAUUUGUGUAAAUAUCUAUUAAUAUUUUAUAGAUUUAUAUAAAACGAUCCCAAAAGCAGCAUUAGCUAAAAGGCUAUCGUUUCCAAAUAACUUUUAUAAAUAAAUUCCUGUAAUAGAUGCCAAUAUCACCAAAUUUAGGCUACUGUAUUACCAAAUUUAAUUAAUCCAGAGUUUGUUUGCUAGUAGUAGAACAUUUAGCUAGCGUGCGCAACGUGUCUUGUGAAAUAAAAACACUGAGUAAUGGCAAUUCCCCGUAUUCUUGAUCGAGUUCUUGACUCGAGUCAUGGCUCGAAUCCUGACUCGAACAAUAGUAUAUCUCGCUCAACUCGUCAAUCUUCGUCUUAGUGGGCAUUUACGACAUGCCGUCUUAAAAAGUGGAGAUAUACUAUUGAUUUGGUAAACAAUUGGAAAUUGAUUUGGUAAACAAUUUAAGUUCUCUCACUUCCCAUUUGCCAAACAUUCCUUAGGUUAUCGAUAAACAAUUCUUCAGAUUCAGUCAAAUUUCCGUAACCAUUUCGAAUUGCUGGUGAACGAAUAGUCUAAAUUUCCCCAGUUUAAAGAAAUUCCUUAAAAGUGAGAGUGCUGUCGAUAAAUUUCCAUCCAUCAAUAUCACCUGACGUCAUUUUUGGCUCGAGUCCUGAGUCGAGUCCUAGCUCGAAUCCUGGCUUGAUAAAUAGGUAUCUUCGAGUUGAGCUCAUUUUAGACAAUUCAACUUUAAUUCCCUCUUUCGAAUUGUCUAUGUUUCGUUUUUCAUGCAACGGUGGACGAAUGUGAUUUCGACCGGCAAUUUUUAUUUGACGAACAUGUGGCCAUUUUUCAUCGUUGUAAAAAAGGGUAUCAUUGAAAAGGUAAAUAACUGUUCUUUCGUCCUAUGUAAAAAUUGAAUUGUUUAGCCACAUUUAUUAUGCACAACAGCCUGUUGAAUUUCCAUAGCGUAUUUUUAGACACCCUGUAGAAUGGCUACUGUAUUAGAUAAUGUAUAUAAUUGGUAUUUUAGUUAAGGUUGUUUAGUGUAUACCGAAAUCGACUCAAUAUCAAUAAUUAAUGAAGAACCUUUUGUUUUCAGGUCCACAAAAUUUUGUGAUAGUCGCAAGAAGAACUGAAUUAAGAUUGAUCUCACUAGAUACAUUAGAUCGCACAGCAAUUCUAUUACCUAUACGUAAUAUGAAGCAUGUUAUUGUGAUUGAAUAUGAUCCUGUUGAGAGAUUUGUCUACUGGACUGAUCAAGAUCUACAUCUUAUCAAGAGAGCUAAACUUGAUGGGUCAGGCAAGUAAUUAAAUCAUUUCAAAAAACUUUUGAUCAAUGCAAUACAUGCAACUUUAUCAAAAACUACCUAGCUGCGCUAAGGAGAUUUUGUUUUGUGCUUCACAAUUCUGUAGCACACGAACAACAAGCUUGUCAAAAAAGGUUUUCCAUGGAAAGCUGGUUGAUCAUACACACAAGAAAGUGAACAUGGCAAGGAAAACUUGUUUCCUUGCCAUGUUUACUUUCUAAGAGAAUUGUUUGUACAGAGCUUAGCACUUAAUUUUUUGGGUGGACGCUUUAUCUGUUAAAAUAUAAAAUUUUACGCAUGUUUAUGUUGUAUGUACAGAAGAACAAGUUGUAGUUCAAGCUGAAGUGAAGUAUCCAGAGGGAAUUGCAUUGGAUUGGAUUGGACGUAAUCUCUACUGGAGUGAUACUGGUACUGACAGAAUUGAAGUCAGUCGUUUAAAUGGUACUUCAAGACGAGUGUUAGUGUCAGAGAACCUGAACGACCCUCGAUCCAUUGCCGUCGACCCUGGGGAGGGGUAA